GCCGAACGGUCGUCACUCUGUAUCGCCCCCCCUCCUUUUUCAACAUGGCUGCUAUGUCUGCUCUCUCAAGUAACGCUCAGAUUGGAGACUGACUCGAUUUCUGCCUUCCAGUGCCUCUUAACUUUUGGUGUACAGCAACUUCGCUUGGAUGCAAAUCACGUCCUACACCUUUUUGUCUCCCCUGGUUUCACUCAGUGGAAUAACCUUCACCAAUCACUCCCUCCACUGGGCCUUUUUUCUACCCCAAAAAACAACCAACUGCCAGCCAACAACAGUUUCCAGAGCAAUGGUUUGAGUAGGUGCACACAGUUUUCCUCUUCAUGAACAAUGUGUGAAAACUGCGCCGAGCUGGUGGAGGUUUUAAAUGAAAUAUCGGAUGCAGACAGCAGUGAAGGAGGCUUCCAGCUGAAGAAGGAACAUGCCCUGCGAGUGCUGGGCUACAUCAGCUCCUGGACACAGAGACAAUGUCUGUGCUGCUUCAAAGAGUACAAACACCUGGAGGUCUUCAACCAGCUGGUCUACGCCCUCAUCAACCUGGUCAUCGCUCAGAUCAGCAGCCUGAGAGACCGCCUCUGCAGCGUCCAGGACCGCUCACGUAAAGGUGGCGUGCCUGGGACUGAGGGGGUGGGGUCUGAAUGGAGCGGGGGCGAGGCUCCAUCCGGGCCCCUCCCCCAACCUUCCUCCCCUGGGGAGGACGAACCUGUGAAUGUGGAGAGAGACUCUGCCGAAGAGGACGGCGACACUCCCGAUCUGAACCAGAAUAAGACCCAGAACCAGGGUCAGGGUGCCAACCAGCCAUGUGAAGCCCAAAUGGAAGCACUGGGGCCUGGGGAGAGCGCCAGCGGGUCCGUGGGUGGAGACGGUGGUGUCGGAGCAAACAGCAGCAGUGACAGUCAGGACCCGUUCAGCUCCUGGAGCACAGAGGAAAGGGAGAAGCUGCUGCUGUGUGCCGCCAAGAUCUUCCAGAUCCAGUUUCCCCUCUACACUGCCUACAAACACAACACACACCCCACCAUAGAGGACAUAUCUGCUCACGAAAGCAACAUCCUCGGCUCCUUCUGCGACAUGAACGACGUGGAGGUGCCUCUGCAUCUGCUGCGUUACGUCUGUCUGUUCUGCGGGAAGCACGGCCUCUCCCUGAUGAAGGAGUGCUUCGAGUCGGGCACUCCGGAGAGCCUCCCCUUCCCCAUCGCCCACGCCUUCAUCACCAUCGUCUCCAACAUCAGAAUAUGGUUGCACAUUCCUGCCGUCAUGCAGCACAUCAUACCGUUCCGCACCUACGUAAUACGGUAUCUGUGUAAGCUGUCAGACCAGGAGCUGCGGCAGAGCGCGGCGCGCAACAUGGCCGACCUGAUGUGGAGCACGGUGAAGGAGCCGCUGGACAGCGCGCUGUGCUUCGACAAGGAGAGCCUGGACCUCGCCUUCAAAUACUUCAUGUCCCCCACGCUCACCAUGAGGCUGGCAGGACUCAGCCAAAUCACAAACCAACUCCACACUUUCAACGACGUCUGCAACAACGAGUCGCUGGUGUCCGACACAGAAACGUCCAUCGCCAAGGAACUAGCUGACUGGCUGAUCCACAACAAUGUGGUGGAGCACAUAUUCGGACCUAAUUUGCACAUUGAGAUCAUUAAACAGUGCCAAGUGAUCCUGAACUUCUUGGCUGCAGAGGGCCGACUCAGCACGCAGCAUGUGGACUGUAUUUGGGCUGCAGCUCAGCUGAAACACUGUAGCCGUUACAUCCAUGACCUUUUCCCCUCGCUCAUCAAAAACCUGGACCCAGUGCCUCUUCGCCACGUCCUCAACCUGGUGUCAGGCCUGCACCCCAGCGCCCACACCGAGCAGACGUUGUACCUGGCCUCCAUGCUGAUCAAGGCUCUGUGGAACAACGCCCUGGCAGCCAAAGCCCAGCUCUCCAAGCAGAGCUCCUUCGCCUCCCUGCUCAACACCAACAUCCCCAUGGGCAACAAGAAAGGUUCACCAGCCGCCAGUCCAGACAGCAGCGACAACAGCGACACUCAACACAGCGGAGGCAGCGACAUGGAGAUGGACGACCAGAUGAUGACUGGAAGCAAGAGGAGCCAGCAGAGGCUGUCUGACACGGAGGAGUCGAUGCAGGGCAGCUCUGAUGAGACGGCCAACAGCGUGGAGGAAGGCAGCAGCGGGCCGGGCAGCAGCAGCGGCCGCAGCGAGGCCUCCAGCAACGAGGCCGCCUCCAGCAGAGCCAGCCAAUCAGCCGGCAGCCCCGGCAGCGAGAUGCACUCUGACGACAUGGCGGACAGCGAAGCCUUAAAGGAGGAGGAGGAGGACGAUGAGGAGGAAGAUGAUGAGGAGGACGAUGAUGACGAUGAAGAGGAUGAAGACGAGGGGAACAGGUCGGCUGCUGAAGGCGGGCAGCAGAAGGAGCCCAGGGAGCAGACGGAGUCGAGGAAGAGGAAGGCUGGGGAGGCGCUCGGUGAGGGGCCGAACCAGGGGGCGGGGCCUAGUGGCACAGGGGGUGGAGCCAAGUCCAAGGUUCUCCCCUUCAACCCAGAGACUUCUGCUGUCAUGGUUACAGCUGCAUCAACGUCGUUGGAGGGCCGGAUGAGGAUGUUAGAUGCCUGUUCUGCCUCGUCGUCUGCUCGGCCUGAUGGGACGGAGCCCCAGCAGCAGCCGUCAGACAUCGGCCCUUCACAGAUGGUCCAGGGGCCUCAGGAGCCUCCGUGCCUGCCGCGGCCUGGGGACUUCCUGGGAGAAGCCAUGGGCAGUGAGCUCUUCAACUGCCGGCGUUUCAUUGGCCCCCAGCACCACCACCACCACCAUCAUCACCACCAUCAUCAUGACGGGCCGAUGGUGGAGGACAUGCUGAGUGCUGACGACGUGAGCUGCAGCAGCUCCCAGGUCAGCGCCAAGUCGGAGAAGAACAUGGCCGACUUUGACGGUGAGGAGUCGGGCUGUGAGGAGGAGCUGGUCCAGAUCAACUCCCACGCUGAGCUCAGCUCCCACCUCCAGCAGCACCUCCCCAACCUGGCCUCCAUCUACCAUGAGCACCUGGUCCAAGGUCCGGCCGUCCAUAAGCACCAGUACUCCAGCAGCCACGCUGUGACUGACAUCAACCUGGACAACGUUUGUAAGAAGGGCAACACUCUGCUGUGGGACCUGGUUCAGGACGAGGACGCGAUUCAUCUGUCUGAGGGUCUGAUUAACGAGGCAGAGAAGCUGCUGUGUUCGCUCGUCUGUUGGUUCACUGACCGACAGAUCCGAAUGCGAUUCAUCGAGGGUUGCCUCGACAACUUGGCCCAUCACAGGUCCGUUGUGGUUUCUUUGCGUCUGCUACCCAAACUUUUUGGCACUUUCCAGCAGUUCGGCUCCAGCUACGACACUCACUGGAUCACCAUGUGGGCUGAGAAGGAGCUGCACAUGAUGAAGCUGUUCUUCGACAACCUGCAGCACUACAUCCAGGAAGUCCAUGAACACCGGCACAAGUUUGCACUGUACAGCCACAGUGCGGAGGUCCAGGUCCGUCUGCAGUUCCUCACCUGCGUCUUCUCCACUCUGGGAUCUCCCGACCACUUCAGACUGAGUCUGGAGCAGGUGGACAUCCUGUGGCACUGUCUGGUCGAGGACGCCGAGUGUUACGACGACGCUCUGCACUGGUUCCUCAAUCAGGUCCGCAGCAAGGACCAGCACGCUAUGGGCAUGGAGACCUACAAACAUCUGUUCCUGGAGAAGAUGCCUCAGCUGAAGCCAGAGACCAUCAGCAUGACGGGCCUGAAUCUCUUUCAGCACCUCUGUAACUUGGCUCGACUCGCCACCAGUGCGCUGGACAACGCCUCCAGCUGUGAGCUGUGUGGGAUGGACCAGCUGUGGGGGAUCGCUCUGAGAGCUCAGUCUGCUGAUAUCAGCCGCGCUGCCAUCCAGUACAUCAACUCCUACUACAUCAACGCUGGUAAGACGGGCCUGGAGAAGGAGCAGGAGUUCAUCAGGAAGUGUAUGGAGAGUCUGCUGAUGGCUUCAGCCAACCUGGAGAAAGACGCCCACUCCAGCCUGACCAGCAUCGAGAGGGGGCUGCUCAUGCUCAAAACACACCUGGAGGCCUUCCGACGCAGGUUUGCGUAUCACCUGCGGCAGUGGCAGAUCGAGGGGACGGGCAUCAGCAGCCACCUGAAGGCUCUGAGCGACAAACAGUCUCUUCCACUCAGGAUCGUCUGUCAGCCCGCCGGCCUUCCUGACAAGAUGACCAUCGAGAUGUAUCCCAGCGACCAGGUAGCCGACCUGCGAGCUGAGGUGACCCACUGGUACGAGAACCUGCAGAAGGAGCAGAUGAACCAGCAGGCUCAGCUGCAGGAGUUUGGCCAGAGCGGCCGGCAGGCGGGAGACUUCCCAGGUGGAUUGAUGGGACCAGUCAGGAUGAUCUCCUCCGGCCACGAGCUGACCACAGACUACGACGAGAAGACUCUGCAUGAGCUGGGCUUCAAAGACAUGCAGAUGGUGUUUGUGUCUCUGGGAGCUCCGCGGAGGGAGAGGAAGGGGGAGGGCAUCCAGCUGCCGGCCUCCUGUCUGCCUCCUCCUCAGAAGGAGCACAUCCCCAUGCUGCUGCUCCUCCAGGAGCCACACCUCACCACGCUGUUCGACCUGCUGGAGAUGCUGGCCUGCUUCAAACCGCCCAGCCCCAACACUGAGAAGGUCCACGACAACCCUGAGAGUGCGCGCUGUGAGGAGCUUCACCUCCAUGCAGAGAAUCUGUCUCGGCGGGUUUGGGAGCUGCUGAUGCUGCUUCCUACGUGUCCCAAGAUGCUGCAGGCGUUCCAGAACAUCUCAGACGACACGAACGGGGAGGGUUUGUGCUGGAAGGAGCUGCUGAGGAUUAAAAGCCCCCACAAGCUGCUGUACGCUCUGGAGAUCAUCGAAGCUCUGGGCAAACCCAACCGCCGCAUCCACCGAGAGUCCACCGGCAGCUACAGCGAUCUGUAUCCAGACUCUGAUGACUCCAGUGAGGAUCAGAUCGAAAACAGCAAGAACACCUGGAGCUGCAAGUUCGUUUCAUCCGGAGGUCUGCAGCUGCUCCUGGAGAUCUUCAACUCAGGCAUCCUGGAGCCCAAAGACCAGGAGUCCUGGACUGUGUGGCUGCUCGACUGCCUGGCCUGCCUGCUGAAGCUGAUCUGCCAGUUUGCUGUGGACCCUGCAGACCUGGACCUGGCCUACCACGACGUCUUCUCCUGGUCCGGCCUCGCCGACAGCCAACGCAAACGAGCCUGGCCGGGCAAAUCUCGCAAGUCCACCGUGGAGCAUGGGAAAGGCCUGCACAUCCCCCGGCUGACUGAGGUGUUCCUCAGCCUCGUUCAGGGGACAAACCUCAUCCAGCGUUUGAUCAACGUGGCCUACACCUACGACAACCUCGCACACAGAGUUCUGAAGGCGCAGUCUGACCACAGGUCUCGCCACGAAGUGACUCACUACUCCAUGUGGCUGCUGGUGAGCUGGGCUCACUGCUCGUCCACAGUCAAGUCCAGUCUGGCCGACAGCGACCACCUUCAUGACUGGCUGAAGAAGCUCACCCUGCUGGUACCGGAGCCGGCUGUGAGACACGAGGCGUGUAACGGCCUCUACAAGCUCUCUCUCUCCGGUUUGGAGGGAGGAGAGUCCAUCAACAGAUCCUUCCUGCUGCUCGCCGCCUCCACGCUGCUCAAGUUCCUGCCCGACGCACAGGCCCUGAAACCACUGAGGGUGGAGGACUACGAAGAGGAGCCUCUGUUACGGACCGGCUGUAAAGAAUACUUCUGGCUGCUCUGUAAACUCAUCGACAACAUCCACGUGAAAGACGCCAGCCAGACCACCCUGCUGGACCUGGACGCUCUCGCCCGGCACCUCGCCGACUGCAUCAGGAGCCGUGAGAUCCUGGACCAGCAGGACGGGACGAUCGAGGACGACGGGCUCACCGGACUCCUGCGCCUCGCCACCAGCGUCCUCAAACACAAACCUCCCUUCAAGUUCUCCCGCGAGGGUCAGGAGUUCCUGCGGGACGUCCACAACCUCCUCUUCCUCCUGCCCAGCCUGGCGGACCGCGCUCAGCCCAAAUGCAAAUCCCACGCUGCCCGCGCCGCCGCCUACGACCUGCUGGUGGAGACGGUGAAGGGCUCGGUGGAGAACUACCGGCUGCUCCACAACUGGGUGAUGUCACAGCACAUGCAGGCCUCUCACGCUCCAUAUAAGUGGGACUACUGGCCUCACGACGACGUCCGGGCCGAGUGUCGCUUCGUGGGUCUGACUAACCUGGGAGCGACCUGUUACCUGGCCUCCACCAUCCAGCAGCUCUACAUGAUCCCCGAGGCCCGGCAGGCCGUCUUCACCGCCAAGUAUGCUGAAGAUAUCAAACACAAGACGACGCUGCUGGAGCUGCAGAAGAUGUUCACGUAUCUGAUGGAGAGCGAGAGGAAAGCCUACAACCCUCGGCCCUUCUGUAAAACCUACACGAUGGACAAACAGCCUCUGAACACCGGCGAGCAGAAGGACAUGACCGAGUUCUUCACCGACCUCAUCACCAAGAUCGAGGAGAUGUCCCAGGAGCUGAAAAACACAGUGAAGACUCUGUUCGGAGGCGUCAUCACCAACAACGUCGUCUCUCUGGACUGUGACCACGUCAGUCAGACUGCCGAGGAGUUUUACACCGUCAGAUGUCAAGUGGCUGAUAUGAAGAACAUCUACGAAUCUCUGGACGAGGUGACCAUCAAAGACACGUUAGAGGGCGACAACAUGUACACCUGCUCCCAGUGUGGCAAGAAGGUCCGCGCAGAGAAAAGAGCGUGUUUCAAGAAGCUGCCGCGGAUCCUCAGUUUCAACACCAUGAGAUACACCUUCAACAUGGUGACCAUGAUGAAGGAGAAGGUCAACACCCACUUCUCCUUCCCGCUGCGCCUCGACAUGACGCCCUACACCGAGGACUUCCUCAUGGGCAAAGGAGAGCGCAAAGAGGGUUUUCGAGAAGAGGGCGAGGCGAAGGUCACGGAGAGCUACGAGUACGACCUCAUCGGCGUCACAGUACACACGGGCACAGCAGACGGCGGCCAUUACUACAGUUUCAUCAGAGACAUCGUCAACCCGCACGCCUACAAGAACAACAAGUGGUACUUGUUCAACGAUGCAGAGGUGAAGUCCUUCGACUCGGCCCAGCUGGCCUCCGAGUGCUUCGGUGGAGAGAUGACGACGAAGACGUACGACUCCGUCACAGACAAGUUCAUGGAUUUCUCGUUUGAGAAGACACACAGUGCCUACAUGCUCUUCUAUAAGAGGGUGGAGCUGGAGGAGGAGAACGGGAAGGAUUUUAGUUUCGACGUCUCUCCUGACCUGCUGGAGUGGAUCUGGCACGACAACAUGCAGUUUCUCCAGGACAAAAACAUAUUUGAACACACUUACUUUGGCUUUAUGUGGCAGCUCUGCAGCAGCAUCCCCAGCACACUACCAGACCCUAAAGCCGUCUCCCUCAUGACCGCUAAGCUCAGCACCUCAUUCGUCCUCGAGACGUUCAUUCACUCCAAGGAGAAGCCCACCAUGCUGCAGUGGAUCGAGCUCCUCACCAAACAGUUCAACAACAGCCAGGCUGCCUGCGAGUGGUUUUUGGAUCGGAUGGCUGACGACAACUGGUGGCCGAUGCAGAUCCUCAUAAAGUGCCCAAAUCAGAUCGUCAGACAGAUGUUCCAGCGGUUGUGUAUUCACGUCAUCCAGAGGCUGCGUCCGGUUCACGCUCACCUCUACCUGCAGCCCGGCAUGGAGGACGGCUCGGACGACAUGGAUGGUCCGGUCGAAGACAUCGGCAGCCGGUCCUGCGUCACUCGCUUCGUUAAGACGCUCCUGUCCAUCAUGGAGCACGGCGUGAAGCCCCACAGCAAACACCUGACCGAGUACUUCGCCUUCCUCUACGAGUUCGCCAAGAUGGGAGAGGAGGAGAGUCAGUUCCUGUUGUCACUACAAGCCAUUUCCAUCAUGGUGCAUUUCUACAUGGGAACCAAAGGCCCCGAGAACCCUCAGGUGGAGGUGCUGUCGGAGGAGGAGGGAGAGGAGGAGGACGAGGAGGAGGACAUCUUGUCUCUGGCGGAGGAGAAGUAUCGUCCUGCAGCUCUGGAGAAGAUGAUCGCCCUCAUCGCUCUGCUGGUGGAGCAGUCUCGCUCUGAGAGACAUCUGACUCUGUCCCAGAGCGACAUGGCGGCGCUGACCGGAGGGAAAGGCUUCCCCUUCCUCUUCCAGCACAUCAGAGACGGCAUCAACAUCAGACAGACCUGCAACCUCAUCUUCAGCCUCUGCCGCUACAACAACCGCCUGGCCGAGCAUAUCGUGUCGAUGCUCUUCACCUCCAUCGCCAAGCUGACUCCUGAGGCUGCCAAUCCGUUCUUCAAGCUGCUGACGAUGCUGAUGGAGUUUGCGGGCGGACCGCCGGGGAUGCCCUCCUUCGCCUCCUACAUCCUGCAGAGGAUCUGGGAGGUGAUCGAGUACAACCCGUCCCAGUGUCUGGACUGGCUGGCUGUCCAGACUCCCAGGAACAAACUGGCCCACAGCUGGGUCCUGCAGAACAUGGAGAACUGGGUGGAGCGCUUUCUGCUGGCCCACAACUACCCGCGGGUCCGCACAUCGGCGGCGUACCUCCUCGUCUCCCUCAUCCCCAGCAACUCCUUCCGCCAGAUGUUCCGCUCCACGCGCUCCCUCCACCUGCCGACCCGCGAGCUGCCGCUGUCGCCCGACACCACCGUGGUCCUCCACCAGGUCUACAACCUGCUGCUGGGGCUGCUGGGACGCGCCAAGCUGUACGUGGACGCCAGCGUUCACGGCACCACCAAGCUGGUCCAGUACUUCAGCUUCAUGACCUACUGCCUCAUCUCCAAGACGGAGAAGCUCAUGUUCUCUGGAUACUUCAUGGACCUCUGGAACCUGUUCCAGCCCAAACUGUCCGAGCCAGCGAUCGCCACCAACCACAACAAGCAGGCGCUGCUCUCCUUCUGGUACAACAUGUGUGUGGAUUGUCCCGAGAACGUCCGGCUGGUGGUGCAGAACCCAGUGGUGACGAAGAACAUCGCCUUCAACUACAUCCUGGCUGAUCACGACGACCAGGAGGUGGUGCUGUUCAACCGCGGCAUGCUGCCGGCCUACUACGGCAUCCUGCGCAUGUGCUGCGAGCAGUCGCCCGCCUUCACCCGCCAGCUCGCCUCGCACCAGAACAUCCAGUGGGCCUUCAAGAACCUGACGCCACACGCCAGCCAGUACCCCGGGGCGGUGGAGGAGCUCUUCAACCUGAUGCAGCUGUUCGUGGCUCAGCGAGCCGACAUGAGAGAAGAAGAGCUGGAGGACAUCAAGCAGUUCAAGAAAACAACCAUCAGCUGCUACCUGCGCUGCCUGGACGGACGCUCCUGCUGGACCACGCUCAUCAGUGCCUUCAGGGUUCUGCUGGAGAACGACGAGGACCGGCUGCUGGUGGUCUUCAACAGAGGACUCAUCCUCAUGACGGAGUCCUUCAACACGCUGCACAUGAUGUACCACGAGGCCACCGCCUGUCACGUCACCGGAGACCUGGUGGAGCUGCUGUCCAUCUUCCUGUCGGUCCUCAAAGCCACGCGGCCGUACCUGCAGCGCAAAGAUGUGAAGCAGGCUCUGAUCCAGUGGCAGGAGAGGAUCGACUUCGCUCACAAGCUGCUCACGCUCCUCAACUCCUACAGCCCGCCGGAGCUCCGCAACGCCUGCCUGGAUGUGCUGAAGGAACUGGUUCUGCUGAGUCCUCACGACUUCCUGCACACGCUGGUCCCGUUCCUGCAGCACAACCACUGUACCUACCACCACAGCAACAUCCCCAUGUCGUUUGGACCUUACCUGCCCUGCAGAGAGAACAUCAAGCUGAUGGGAGCCAAGAACAACAUCCGACCUCCGAGACCGGAGCUCAACAUGUGUCUGCUGCCCUCCAUGGUGGAGAGCGGCAAGGGUAAAGACGAGGUGUACGACCGGAUGCUGCUGGAUUACUUCCUGUCCUACCACCAGUUCAUCCACCUGCUGUGUCGCGUCGCCAUCAACUGCGAGAAAUUCACAGACACACUCGUCAAACUCAGUGUGUUGAUAGCGUAUGAAGGACUUCCUCUCCACCUCGCACUCUUCCCCAAACUGUGGACGGAGCUCUGUCAGCUGCAGUCCGUUCUGGCUAAGACGUGUGUGAAGCUGCUGUGUGAGGAUCCGGCCUUCAGCGAGUACAUCAAGUGCAUCCUGAUGGACGAGAGGACGUUUCUCAACAACAACGUGGCCUACUCCUUCCUCACCUGCUUCCUGCACAAGGUCCAGGUGCUGUCGGGUCCCAGCUGCUCCAACCUGAUCGGUGUUCUGGUGACCAACCUGCUGAAUGAACAGAGCAGCCUGCAGCCUGAGCUGGCUGCUCAUCGCCUGGAGCUCAGCAAGACCAGCGGCCUGCUGAACGCCGACCUGAGGGCGUUGGUGUUGCUGCUCUCCGUCCAGCCGCCGCAGGCCGUCGACCCCGCCCUCUGCCCCGCCCUGCAGGAGCUGCUGGGUCGCUGUCGUGUUUGUGUCCAGCAGCGCAGCGCUCUGGAGCUGGAGGCCAAAGACCACAAGGCCAAAGCCGAGGAUGAAGGAGCGACCCCGGUGAAGCGGCGGAGGGUGAGCAGUGAUGACGACAGGGGUCCCGGUGAUGCGGCGGCGCUCUGCGUGGCCUCCACCUCUUCCUCCUCCUCCUCUUCCUCCUCGGCCCUCCCGCCCUGCAGCGAGCCGAAGCCCGACCACCAGGAGGCGCUGACGCCCACCAGCACCUCGGACACGGAGACGCGGGACUCCUCCUCGCUGAUCGACCCGGGCACCGAGCAGGACCCGCCCUCUCCUGACCCCGCCCCCACCUCCUCUGGGAACCUGGACUCCUCUCCGAAAGAGGAAAAGAUGGAGGCCUCUUCAUCAUCCUCCUCCUCGUUCUCCUCCUCCUCUUCGCUGCUGCAGGAGGCGGGGGAGGGGUUUGUGCAGGGGGAGGAGCCUGAGCCACCGCGACAUGUGGCGGCAGGUGAGGAGGAGGAGGUGGAGCAGCGGGAAGGGAGGAGGGGCGACGUGGUGUCAGAGGAGGUGAAGGAAGAGAAGGAGGCGGGCUCUAAGAGCAGUUCAGCCCCGCCCCUCUCAGAGGACGCCACCUUCCCGUCAGCCCUCGGGCUGGUGGGGGAGGGGCCAGAAGGCUGCAGUGGCCACGCCCCCUCCUCCCAGGCGUUUCCGAGCGCCGGCCCCCCACCCGACAUGCUGGACAUGCUGUACAGGACGGUGGAAGCCACCAUCGCCAUAGUUACCAAACUCUCCGUUAAAGGCCCGCCCUCUUCAUGACAUCAUCCACUCAGAGCCGCCAUGAGAUCUUUAACUAACUUUUUUCUUUUCUUUUUGUUUUUUCUCUCUUUGGAAAUCUGACUUCUGCUCAGAGGAAAAAAAACUGCUUCCUGUUUUCCGUUUCUCUUCUUCUUCUCCUCCUGCUGUUCGUGUGCUGCUGUCCGUUGCCUUCUGCUGAUGUUCAGUCGGUCGGUCUUUUCUCCAGCUUCAGUGGCGCCGCCGUGUCGUUCCGCUCCGUAAGACUCCACCACGCACAGCCGACCCCCUCGUUUGACAGACAACGAAGAAAAAAAAGUCGUACAAGCUAUAGCACAUUUCUUUCAAAGGGCAAAAAAAAUAAAAGUUUUGAGGUUUUUUUUUUCUGUUUGUUUUAUACUGAUUUGAAUUUGUUUGGAAAGUGAUUUUAUUUGCUGUAACGGGGAAAGGUUUACAGAACUUUUGUCUCCUCUGUAUGUAAUUUAAUUUUAUUGCAUUUUUACUGUGUAUAAAAAUGGUCGUCCUCUGUGCCAGUUUUGUACUUUAUGAACGAGGCAAAAGAAAGUUGCCUUGACUUUUCUGUGGUUUAAUUAUCCAGAAACUAAGUUUACCUGUAAAUUAAGAGAACCACAAGAAACUUGAUUCUGUAAAGAAUCCUCUCUAGUCAUUGCCUGAAGGUGUAUAUGAAAACUAUAUAAAUAUAUAUAUAAAUAUCUUUAUAUAUAUAUGAAUAUAUAAAAGCGGUGCUUUAUUUGACUGUGGUUGAAAUAAAGCCCCCAUGUUGGACCA